AGGAGCCUGCUGCGAGCCCAAGACUGCUCUUUUUUUCUCCCGUUGCGCGGCAAGCUCGUGAGCGAUGGAGAAUUCCCUCAAGUAAAGCACGUCCGCUUCUAUCUAUCUGUGUGUCACUUUGCUUGCUUGCUUGGCCGCAAAAGUCGCGUCGAAGGGUUCCCUCUCGUCAACGCGGAGCCAUGAUUUUAGGAAGUCCCGCCCAGGGCAGCCCCCUGCUGGCCUCGCUGUCGCUGCCGGGCCGCCCUCUUCAACCGCAGCUGGACCUCAAGCACUUCCUGCCGCUCAGGGUCAACGGCACCACGCCCCUCAGCCUCUUCCCCAACUUCAACACGAUGGAUCCGGUCCAGAAGGCGGUCAUCAACCACACGUUCGGGGUUCCGCAGCCGCUCAAGAAGAAGCAGAUCAUCAGCUGCAACAUCUGCCAUCUCCGCUUCAACUCAACCAACCAGGCGGAGGCUCACUACAAGGGCCACAAGCACGCCCGUAAGCUGAAGGCCCUGGACAACAUGAAGAACAAACAGAGGAACCACGGCAGCGGCGCCGAGCGCGAGAAGGAGAGGGAGAAGGAGAAGAAGGAGAAGGAGAGGGAGAAGGAAGGAGAGAAGGAGAGGGAGAUGGUGGUGGAGGGGAAGCCAGAGGAGAUGGCUGCUGCACAGGCUUUGGUGGGCACUGCUGCUGCUGCUGCUGCUGCUGUGGAGAUAACAGCCAUCUCCACUGAUGUCCAGCCGCCUCCAGCUGUUGUGGACGGGGCCCAGGGGAGCUCGCUGAUGCUCACCCCCGUCUCCGAGACCUCUUCCGUGGACACGCUCGCCCACCUCUCCCCUUCCGAGGUCCGCUCCCCGGAGCUCUCCAGCCAGCAGGGCCAACCAACAGCGGACAGUGGCAGCAGCAGCAGUGUGGUGAUGGACAGCCCUGCUGGCCAAUCGGAGCAGGCCGCCGCCGCCGCUGAGCAACAACAAGCCGAGCUGGUAGUCGCCGGCCCGCCUCCGACCAAAAGUGAGGGGGGUGACGGAGGCAGUAGUGCGGAUGAGGAGAAGGACCCCAAAAAGGGUGGAGGCAGUGGCAGUGGCAGCAGCAGUGGUAGCAGCAAGCAGCAUCUCCACUGCCCCGUCUGCAAGAUCACAGUCAACUCCACCUCUCAGCUGGAUGCACACUACAGUGGCUCCAAGCACAAGCUGAUGCUGGAGGGCCAGAGCGUGCAGCCGCGGCGACGGGGGAAGCUGCUCUCCUCCCGCAUGGCGACCAGGACCAAGCGUCACGGCAACAAGAGCUGCACGCCGCUGCAGGCUAGCCAGCCGCUGCACUGUGACAUCUGUGACAUCACCGUCAACUCCGAAACGCAGCUCAAACAGCACACGAGCAGCAGACGGCAUAAGGACCGCAUGGCUGGGAAACCUCCCAAACCAAAGUUCAGCCCAUACACCAAGAGCCAAACUAGCUCUGUGCUAGCGAGUGUCAGGUGGACUGGGGUUUCGGGUGCCUCGGGGGGCGCUCUAUCGACCCUAGGGAACCUGGGGAACAUGUGUCACCCCUGUGCCAUCACUACCGUUAGCCCUCAGUGUCUAUCAGCCCUGGGGGGCGCCUGCCACCCCGGCACCUUCUCUACUGUUAGCCUUCAGACCAAACUGGCUCUGCAGAAGCAGCUCUCCAAGACCCUGACAGCCGCCAGCUUCCUGCCCUCCCCCCUCACCCCGGCAACCCUCUGCACCAUGGCGACCAACCCGCUGACCCUGCGCCACGCCCCGGGCCCGGCCACCAUCAUCCAGACCCCGCUGCUUAGCCCCGCCCUCUUCAGGCCCGCCCCCGGGCCGCUGAGGGCCACCCACGCACCAAUCAUCUUCUCCCCUUAUUAA